GUAUGAUAGCACUAUACAAAACGGGAUGAGGACCGUUAUGUCGCUUCGGAUUCCCCGUCUCUGAUAAUUCUCUCGUCACGGCUGAAAGUAGGGAACUUUUAACGAUGGGAGGAUGUCGGUUUCGAAUAUCAUUGUGACCGUAAUUUGCUUCUGGGCGGUCGGUAUAGGGAUCGAAUUUGGGGCGUCGAGAAUCCUACGUAACUCCUCACAGACACCGACGGGCCGCCCCGCUCGCACACCUGGCCGCAAAAUGGAGAUAUACGUCGGUAGUGACUCCGAAAUAUCGGUUUACUAUUUCUCAUUUGUUUAUUCGCAACAGACUGAGGUUUGACAAGGCGGAUUCAAUUCAUGUAUAUGGAUAAAUAGGGGCAAACGAUGUAUUAUCUAAUCGGACCGACGACGACGCGAACUAACUAAACAGACCAGAUACUGC